GUUUGUACCUCCACAGUUGUUAAGCCUAGCAAGGUUCUACGUAAACUUCCACGCGUUCAACAUCUUUAUGCGAAACUGACUGGCACACUGCAGAAAGAAGAUGAUGAGUUUAAGAUUUUGUCUUCCCUGCAUCCAACUCCAGCUGUGUGUGGCCUUCCUUCAGAGGAGGCACGGGUGUUGAUAUCGAAAACUGAAAUGUUUGAUCGUGGAAUGUAUGCUGGCCUUGUUGGAUGGUUUGGUGGUGCAGAGAGUGAGUUUGCUGUGGGAAUAAGGUCAGCACUGGUUGGAAAGGAUUCUGGCGCGAUACUCUAUGCUGGAACCGGGAUCGUAGAAGGAAGCGAUUCUUCCCUAGAAUGGAAAGAACUGGAGCUGAAGACUUCACAGUUCACCAAACUGAUGAAACACGAGGCACCUCUAGUGCCAAUGAGGGAGAUAGUCGAACUCUAACUUGAAAAAGGUCAGCGAUUCUGAACAACUAUCCACACUCACUAAUGAAUGCUUUUCGUUCUCCACGACGUUUUUGGUGAAAGA